GAGGCAGAGCUCAGUGGUUUUUCAGGCAGAACGAGAGUUUGAGACUUUUACACUUGGACACUUUUACUUUUUAGGUUCGACAUCAUGGUGACAACAGAGACCCACCAGAGCCAGGACCUGCUGGUACCCACCCAGAGCCAGGACCAGAACCAGGACCUGGACCAGGACCAGCAGGACCUGGGGGAGGACCAGGCCUCGCCCUCUUCCCCUCUGACAGGAUUCGACCUGGAGAAAAUGAGUCAGGGACCCGUCAACGCCAUCACGGUUCUCACUCUGCUGGACAAGCUGGUCCACAUGCUGGACGCCGUCCAGGAGAACCAGCACAAGAUGGAGGGCCACCAGGUGGAGAUGGAGGGCGUGGUCAGGGGGAUCCAGGCUGACAUGACCAAACUGUCCAAGAGUCACAGUCACACGUCCAACACCGUCAGCAAACUACUGGACAAGAGCCGCAAGCUGUCGGUCACCAUGAAGGAGGUCCGGGAUAAGAUGGAGCGUCAGGGCGUCCAGGUGAAGAAGCUGGAGGCGAACCACGCCCACCUGGCCAACAGGAACCACUUCAAGGUCCUCAUCUUCCAGGAGGAAAACGAGAUCCCGUCCAGUGUUUUUGUCAAAGAUCCUCCUCCGUUCCCUCGAGAUGAGAUUUUGGAGGAAGGUGAGGAACCUGUGUCUGGCAACGUGGACGGGAACCUGUCCCUGGAAGGGGGACUCCAAACCAUCGACCUAUCAUCUGAUGAGGAUGUUGGACUGGAGGCGGAGCCAGAUGACGAGGGGGCGUGGUUUCACGACCUGGAGAACAUGGAGAAGUCCAGAGCUGAGAAACUGAAAAGAUCCAGUCUGAAGAAAGUGGACAGUCUGAAGAAGGCGUUCUCCAGACAGAACAUCGAGAAAAAGAUGACAAAGAUCGGAACAAAGAUUGUCUCUGUGGAACAACGAGAGAAGAUCAAACAGAAAACCUCCAGCCUGAAGGUCUCACCUCUGACCUUCAGCAUCCGAAAGCCUCGCAGUAGCUCUGACUCUCAGCCUCCAGAGGCCUCGGCUCAGACCAGGGACUCGCUCGUGGCUGAGGCCGACAUCCAGCUCUCCCCACUGGGCAGCAGCGAGCAGGAGGUCCCCUUCACUGAGGUCCACGCCCAGCUGGCUCCAUCUGAGGAGCUGAAGGUGGAGGAGGAGCUUAAGGUGGAGGAGGAGCUGAAGGUGGAGGAGGAGCUGAAGGAGGAGGGGGAGGUGAAGGGGGAGGAGGAGGAGCUGAAGCAGGAGGGGGAGGUGAAGCAGGAGGAGGCCGCUCUGGUGGAGGCGGAUGUGUCGGUGGUUUCAGAGGGAGUGGGGGAGGACUUUGCUCUGUCUUCCACCCUCCCUCAUGAGGAGAAGGGAGAGGAGAGAGGAGCAGUGGAGGAGAAAGAGGAGGAGAAAGAGGAGGAACCCUAAACGUUUAAUAUUCAGAUGAACAGAGAAUCAACAAGACAAAAGAACAAGAACCUUUAGAACAGACGUUCUAAAGGUUCUUGUUCUGAGGACUGACAUCACGUCUGUACGUUUCAUAUGAGCUAAAGCCUCCAGGUGGUUAGCCUAGCCUAGCAUCCUAGCCUAUCGUAGCUUAGCCUAAACUAGCCCAGUUUAGUUUAUCUUAUUUUAGCUUAAUCUAUCUUUGCUUAUCCUAUCCUAUCCUAGCCUAGCCUAGCCUAGCCUAGCUUAGCCUAGCCAUGAGACCCGUACAGAUGUUCCUCUAGAGUUUGGGGCUCAGCUUUGUUUUGUGGUUCUUGAGUCUCGUUUCUUGUGAACCUUUAAAUGUAAAUGACGUAGGAUUUAAGUUCUACCGAUCUGAAACCUAAGAAUAGAACCAGUAUUCUACAGGAAAAUUAUUCCUGACUGAGGAACCUCCAGGUUCGGUUCCACAAAGGGUCCAAAGAAGGUCUGACAUGUUACACUGCCAUGAGUUCCUCCUCCGUUCUCACAAACAGAACAACUUCUUUCCUAUUUUCACUGUUCUGUUCCUCCAGUGUUCCCACUGAUGAUCAGGUUCCCUCAAGGUUCUUCUUGACUUUUCUCACGGUUCCCUGAGAUAGUUGUCUACCAGGUGUUUAUCCCGAGCUUCAUUGACAUUCCAGUUCUAGUUCUAGUCCCCUUGAGGUUCCCGUCCAGUUUUCUGUGUGUUCCAGUGGCUCAUUAAGCUUUUAUUUCCUUCACCGCUGCCAAAGAACGUUUCCUGCUGAUCAGUUAUCAAUGAAAUAAUAAAACACUCAAUGAAA